AUGGCAACAGAUUUUCGGCUGCUCAGUCUUGAUGGUGGUGGUGUACGAGGCCUCGCAUCCCUGUACAUGCUAAACAAGAUCCUUUCAUAUGUUGGCAGCCCGAAACCAUGCGAUUACUUCGACAUGAUAUGCGGUACAAGCACUGGAGGGUUCGUCUGCUGCUUCACUCACAACCUUAUCCACGCUGACUCAUGCAUGCUGCACAGCUUGAUCGCCGUCAUGUUAGGCCGACUUGAGAUGUCUGUAAAGGAAUGCAUCGAUGCGUACAUUGAACUGAUGGACGUCGUGUUUGAUCCGAAAGAUAAGAAACAGUUACCAUUCAAGUUGCGCAACGGCAAGGUGCAACCCAGGUAUGAGACGAAGCGUUUGGAGAGCGUGAUCAAGCAGAUCAUCGCGAGAGCCGGACACCCUUCCGAUGCCUUGUUCAGAGGUACAAAAGAAUCCAAAUGCAAGACGGUUGUCAUUGCUCUGGCCGAGGAGGCUAUCUCUCCGUCCCGAUUUACGGAUUAUCGCAAAACAGGAGAGUAUUCAGAGUUCUACAACGAAGUGAAGAUUUGGGAAGUGGCUCGCGCUACAUCAGCUGCGACUUCUUUCUUUGAACCCAUGAAGAUCAUUGCAGCAGGUGAGCCCAGAAUCUUUAUUGACGGCGGUGUGGGCUUCAACAACCCUAUAAACGAGCUGCACGAUGAGGCAUCAACGCAGCUCGUCACAUUGGACCAAGAUCUUGAUGAUCAUAUUCGUGUUCUCGUUUCCCUUGGUACAGGCAAACCGGCACACCGUGGCUUUGGAAGCAAAGUCACGGAAGUCGCGGAGAGCAUCACGAGGAUGGCGAGCGAAACCCAGCAUACAGCGGAUACGUUCGAUCGUGCUCACAGAAGACUGGUCGAACGAGAUGGCUACUUUAGGUUCAAUCCUCCAGAUCUCAACGAAGUUGCGCUUGACGAGGCAAGCAAAAAAGGCAUCAUCGCAGCACGAUGCGAUGCUUUUGGAGGAAGCCCAGAUACAGAGCGUAUGGUAAGACGUUGGAAAAAGGUCGCGGGAACUGGGCAAAGUGCGUUGACUCUUGCUGCCUUUGUGGAUUUUACUUGA